AAUCUUUCUUUUUGACACAAACAUCUGAGAAGAAAAAUGAAAGAAAAAUCAUUACAUGUACACAAACAACGCAUCAUGCAAUAACACAAACAACAUUCAGAUACAGAACAAAACCUAAGAGAGACAAGCUUCAGAUCCUUGUUGGAUUCCCAUUUCUGUUCCUUAACAACAACAAACCUCCAUUUCCAAAUCCCUGUUUCUGUCUCUGUCCGUCCCUCUUGAAAAAAAGAAAAAAGAAAAGAAAAGAAACUGAAUAUUCUUCCUAUUUCUAUCUGUAUAUCUCUCUAGCUAUCAAAGUAUGUUGAUUGAAAGCAAAUUUUCAAUCUUUCUAUGAUACAAAGGCAGAGAGAGACAAAGUGUGAAUUGGUAGACAAGAAUAACAGUUACCCACGAAAAAGGGUUUCUUAAAAACCCAGCAAAAUUAAUGAUUUCUCUGGUUCCUCAACAGACACUGCUCUGUUUUGUGCAAUCGUUUAUUGGGGUUUCUUGAGCUUAUUCGAGGAAAGUUUUCUUCUUGGUGCAAUGUGGGUUCAAUUUUGUAGGUGAUUCCAUUGGAUCUUCAAAGGAAAGAGGAAAGGAAAUAAAUAAAUGGCUUUGUUUAGGAAGUUCUUCUUUAGAAAACCACCUGAUGGGCUUUUGGAGAUCUCUGAAAGGGUUUACGUCUUUGAUUGCUGCUAUUGUACGGACACUUUUGAAGAUGAAGAAUAUAAAGUGUACAUUGGAGGCAUAGUGGGUAAACUUCAUAACCAUUUGCCUGAUGCUUCAUUUAUGGUGUUUAAUUUCCGAGAGGGCGAUAACCAAAGCCAGAUUUCUAGCGUAUUGUCCGAAUUUGACAUGACUGUGAUGGACUAUCCCCGACACUAUGAAAGUUGCCCCAUACUCUCAAUGGAGAUGAUUCAUCACUUCUUACGGUCGAGUGAAAGCUGGCUGUCACUUGGGCAACAAAAUGUGGUCUUGAUGCAUUGCGAACGAGGUGGGUGGCCAGUUCUGGCUUUCAUGCUUGCUGCCUUAUUGCUAUAUGGGAAGCAGUUCACUGGUGAGCAGAGAACUCUAGACAUGAUUUAUAAGCAAGGGCCUCGAGAGCUUUUACAGCUGAUGUCCCCUAUUAAUCCAUUACCUUCGCAAUUGAGGUACUUACAGUAUGUAUCAAGGAGGAACGUGGGAACACAAUGGCCUCCUCUGGAUAGAGCACUUACAUUGGAUUGCAUUAUUCUUAGAUUAGUUCCUGGUAUGGAUACAGAGGGGGGUUGCAGGCCGAUAUUUAGGAUAUAUGGACAAGACCCUUUUAUGGCUGCUGAUAGGAAUCCUAAAGUUCUGUUCUCAACACCAAAAAGGAGCAGAUUCGUCCGGCAUUUCAAGCAGGCAGAAUGUGAAUUGGUUAAAAUAGACAUCCAUUGUCAUAUACAAGGUGAUAUUGUCAUGGAGUGUAUUUCCUUGGACAGUGAUCACGAAAGGGAACAGAUGAUGUUUCGGGUCAUGUUCAACACAGCCUUUAUAAGAUCAAAUAUCUUGAUGUUCAAUCGUGAUGAAAUUGACACGAUAUGGAAUGCAAAGGAUCAAUUUCCCAAGGACUUCAGAGCAGAGGUUCUUUUCUCAGAGAUGGAUUCUGCUACUUCAAUUGCUGCAAUUGAUUUGCCUGGUUUAGAAGAGAAAGAUGGCCUACCUAUGGAAGCGUUUGCAAGAGUGCAUGAGAUUUUCAGCAACGUGGACUGGCCAGAUACAAAAACUGAUGUAGCACAAAAUGCGCACCAGCAUAUCAUAGCACCCCAAGAAAAUUUGGACAGUUCUCCCCAGAUGGCAGAAAUAGGCAGUGUAUUGAUGGAAUCAACCCUUGUUAAAGUUCAAGAGAAAUUGAAACUAAAAGAAUCAGAAAACAAGACUCCAAGUCCCACUUCCAUUACCCCGAUGAAACAAUCUAUCCUCUCUUUUGAACCAUUUUCAGAUACAAAUUCAGUAAGAGAGGAGGCUGAACCUCAAGAACUAAAGGUUGCCCUCCAAUCUGUGCCCUCUAUAAAAUCAUCUCCUGAUGAAAAUUCAGCUGGGGAGAAGGUAGAACCCCAAGAACUGAAGGUUGCCCUCCAAUUUACGCCCUCUAUUAAGCCAUCUUCAGAUGAAAAUUCAACUCAAAAGAAGGUUGAACCACAAGAGCUCCAGGUUGCUCUCCAACUGUCAGCUCAAUCUAAGCUCAUAUCACAGCGAGUACCUCAGAGAUCGCACUCUUCUCCAGUUUCCUAUAGCAAUUCCUUGCAGGCCUCACCUGUGCCUAUGUCAAGAUACCAUGGUGCACCCUCUAACCUUGGCAUCACAGCUUUGUUGUAUGAUCAUGCUGCAUCUAAAGGCGAAGAAGUCGUUUGUCCAGUGACAGUAUCUCUACCUUCCUCUGCUAUAUCAUCUUCAGUCACAGGUGUACUUAAAAUUGCACCACUCAGUAAUGUGUCUUCUCUGAGGACACCACCACUUCCUACCCCAUUGCAAUCUUCAAUUGGAGCUCCUAAAACUACAGAAAAGCCUUCUCCAACAUGUCCUAUUCCUCCUCCUACUCAACCCAUUUCAAUUUCUUCUUCCGUCACAGAAUUAUCCAAACCUGCACAACUCAAUCAGGUGUCUACUCCGGGGACACCACCAUGCCCUCCUAACUCAUUCCAAUCAUCAAUUGAAACACAUCAAACUAUCAAAAAUUCUUUUGUUUCUUGUUCUAUUCCUGCUCAAUCUUUUUCCAAAGAAACAGAUUCUUUACUCAGUCAACAUCCUCAGGCAACAUCUGGCAGUAUUUACUCACCGUUGGUUCCUUCUCCUCUUCACUCUUCUCUUUCUGCCUCUUUGUCUCCUGUUAUCAAGAGUUCAUCUUCAGCUCCCCCAGCCCCUCCUCCACCCCCUUCUUUUUUAGGAGCACUUCCAUCUUCUGCUGACAGGAACUCGUAUCCAGCUCCCCCUCCUCUACCCCUGGGAAUGGCCUCUAAGGUUGCUAGCUCAGUUACUUCGCAGUCUGUGAAGAACUUGGCUGUUGGGCCCAGAUCACCACCACCACCUUCUCCUCCCCUACUUGCUGGAUCUGCUUUGGGUCCCACUAGUGCUCCUUCAGUGCCGCCGCCACCACCACCUCCUCCUCUGCAUUCUGGAUUUGCCUUGGGCCCCAGUACUGCUCCUUCAGUGCCACCACCACCACCUCCUCUGCAUUCUAGAUCUGCCUUGGGUCUCACUAGUGCUCCUUCAGUGCCACCACCACCACCUCCUCCUCAUAGCUCUGCUGUUUCUUCAUAUAACAAUGCCGCGCAUAUUCCUCCUGUGCCACCUCCUCCUGCUCCUUUGGCCAACGGGUUGUCAAGAACUAGCAGUGUCUCCUCACUAUCACAUGCUGGAGUUAGUAAUGGAAAUGUACCUUCAGUUCCUGGACCACCUUCUGGUGCUCCAUUUAGUGCAAAGGGGCGGGGCAUGUUUCGUAUAAAUUCAAAAAAUCAACCCAGAAAAGCCAACCUGAAACCUUAUCACUGGUUAAAAUUAACUAGGGCCGUGUCAGGCAGUUUAUGGGCUGAGGCGCAAAAAGCUGAUGAAGCUUCCAAGGCUCCAGAGUUUGACAUGUCAGAACUUGAGACUCUUUUCUCAGCAGCUGCUCCAAAUUCUGAUCGUGGGAGCACAGCAGGGAAAUCAAAUCGGCGCACCGUGGGACAUAAAUCUGAUAAAAUCCAGCUGAUUGAACUUAGACGGGCAUAUAAUUGUGAAAUCAUGCUUUCAAAGGUUAAAAUUCCUCUGCCAGAUCUGAUGAGUUCGGUUCUUGCUUUGGAUGAUACAGCAUUGGAUGUUGAUCAGGUUGAUAACCUUAUUAAGUUUUGUCCAACAAAAGAGGAGAUGGAAUUACUCAAGGGUUAUAAUGGAGAUAAAGAGAACCUGGGAAAAUGUGAACAGUUUUUCUUAGAAAUGAUGAAAGUGCCACGUGCAGAGUCAAAGCUAAGAGUUUUUUCGUUUAAGAUACAAUUCCAAUCCCAGGUUUCUGAUCUCAGAGGUAAUUUGAAUAUUGUAAAUUCGGCUUCUGAAGAGAUCAGGAGCUCAGCAAAGUUGAAAAGGAUCAUGCAAACAAUUCUUUCUCUUGGUAAUGCUCUCAACUUUGGUACUGCAAGGGGUUCUGCAGUUGGAUUUCGAAUGGAUAGUCUCCUCAAACUCACUGAUACACGAGCUCAAAACAACAAGAUGACUCUCAUGCAUUAUCUUUGUAAGGUACUUGCUGAAAAGCUUGCAGAACUGCUAGAUUUUCCAAAGGAUCUUGUGAGUUUGGAGGCUGCAACAAAAAUACAAUUGAAAUAUUUGGCAGAGGAAAUGCAAGCCGUUAGUAAAGGACUUGAGAAAGUUAUGCAGGAAUUGAGUGCUGCCGAGAAUGAUGGUUUGGUCUCAGAAAAUUUUUGCAAGAUUCUUAAGGAAUUCCUUGCUUUUGCUGAAAGUGAAGUGAGGUCUUUGGCUUGCCUUUAUUCCUGCGUGGGUAGAAAUGCGGAUGCACUGGCUCUUUAUUUUGGGGAAGAUCCGGCACGUUGCACAUUUGAGCAAGUUGUGUCCACUCUGCUCAAUUUUGUGAGGAUGUUUGUCCGAGCACAUGACGAAAACCUAAAACAACUUGAAUUGGAAAAGAAAAAAGCAGAAAAGGAGGCACAGAUUGAAAAGCCCAAGAUUGCUUCUCCCAGAAAACUGUCUGAAAACUUGGUACAGACACCCAUCAAAAGUGGGAGCAUCCAAUGAUCAAGUGCUAUAUUCUGCCAAUCCAACCAAAACCUGUUCUCGUAUAGAUAACAUCAUUGCAAAGCUGAGCUAAAAGGGAAAAACUAGAGCUCAAAUCUGGAGAGAAGUGUUUACCUCUGCAGCAAAAAUAAGAACUUAAAUGCAGGUGUACAAGGCAGGGACGGAUACUCUAUUUUUUGUGUGAGCAGAGAUGUCAGCGAUCUUCAAUGACCCCCUCGAUGAGUCCUCGACAGGUCGCAAGAUACCUUCAGAAUUUUGUAAAAAUCAGUUAAAAUUCGGUUAGCUAGAGAUGGCAGGAGCAUUGUUUGCUGUGUACAUUUUGAUGUACAGUGAUGUAAAUGUCUAUAUGUAGCCAUUGUUAAAUACUAUUAUUAUUCAUCAAGAGCCUCAUUUCUCAAGAAAAUGAAGAGGGUGAUUUAGUUUGUAA